AUGUCAAACUCACAGUCCCCCGCUUCCCUUAUAGGCCCGGACGGAAAUGCCGCAACGGAGCGGAAUCCAGCGCGCAAACACAAGACAACCGCCUGCCAGGAAUGCAAGAAGAAGAAACUCAAGUGCCGGGGCGACCCGCCGUGCCAGAACUGCGUCGCAAACAACAUCCAAUGUCUCGUGAACGAACAGGCCGACCAGCGCCGAAAGCUGCCACAGAAACGUAAGCUCGAGAGCCUGGAGCAGUCGAAUGAUGUCCUGCUUCGCUUGCUCAGAGCGAUCCGCGACAGCGAGAACAAGAAAGUCGCCCAGCUCAUGAAUCUCAUCCGCAGUAAUCCGGCCGUGUCGGAGCUGCAGGAAUUUCUUGCGACGAACUUUUCACGGUCGGAAAUUGAGAAGACCCCCGAGCUGCAAGAGGUACAUCAACACGUCCUGCGCGAAGAAAGUGUUAUUCUUGAAGAAAAUGCCAUUCUAGAAGAAACCGCGCCGCCCCGGCCACGACGGAUGCUGGACAUCCGCCGCCUGGCCGAUAACCCGGUGUAUCGGGUGCCUGCGAAACCGUGGACCACUGUCACCGAUGACGAUGAUCUUGUCUCGCACCUUGUUUCGCUGUAUUUUACGUGGACUAACCCGGUAAUGUGCUGGGUCGACAAGGAUGUGUUUAUUAAGGAGAUGCAAAAUGGGGACCCCCGCAGCCGGUACUGCACGCCGUUCCUGGUGAACGCGAUCCUCUCUGUUGCUAGUUACCAUUCCGAUUAUCCUGAAGUUUUUACAGUUCCAAACGAUAUAAUGACCAAGGGGGAGCAGUUUUAUGAUGAAGCGCGCCGGCUUCUGGAGGAAGAGGAGCGGGAGGCUACCGUCAGUAUUCCAACGAUUCAGGGACUUACAACUUUGUGGUUGAGAUUGGUCUUGGGGGGCAAGGAUCGUCUCGGUUGGAUGUACCUCGACCUUGCAUGUCGCGCGGCGGAGGAGUAUGCUGCCGCAAACCCACCGCGGCCCGCGGAGAAUGAAAGUGAUCGCAUCGAGGAGAGAGUCAUGAACAUGGCGCUAUGGGGAAACUUCAGUAUGGCAGGUACUUCUGCGGUAUCGCUUUUGAAGCACAUCCAUAUUCAGCCACCCUCGCGACCGCGCGUUCCAACGCACCACGAUCCAAACGACGUUUGGUGUCCUUAUCCUCGAGGAAUCGACCCGGUACCGGGACACCAUCUCUGUGUUUUUGAUCGGUGGUGUGACCUGAACUGCAUCGCGUUCGGUAUCAGCAGGGCAUUCUACUCAUUGCAGGAGCGGGUUCCAGCCUCGGAAACACCCUCGACAGUCACCGAGUUGUACCGGCAAUUACAGGGCUGGUACGCAAAUCUGCCGCAUUGUCUUGAUGUCAAUACCGCGGUCGUCCCUCAUGUCAUCGGCCUCCAUCUCUUCUACCACACCAAUGUCAUCCACCUAUUCUGGUCUCUGCAGUCAUAUUACCUUUCCGAAGGCGAUCACGAAAAGGCCCGAUCCGCACGAGAUUUCAGUCACCAGAACGCCCGUCACUGUGCUCAACUCAUCGCCAUUCAUCGUCAACGCUGGGGAAUUGACUGCAUGGCACCUUGCACCAUACAGUGGGUCACAAUCGCGCUAUCCGCUCUGCUAGGCGCCCUCGACUCCGCCGAGAACCGGAUCGCCUUCACAGACCUCUGCACCACUGCUCGGGCUUUCUCCAGGAGAUAUCCCAUAGCCAAGGGUAUCAUGCGGAUGCUCCAGCUGACGGCAAAGCAGAUGCAGGUAACCCUGCCUGAGGAAACGGACGCCCUGUUUAGCUCGUUUGCGGCCGAAGCAUGGCAUGAACAUGACGGGGAGGGAUUCAGCAGCUUCUACCCGCACUGGACGACGGUGAUUCGCCACGGGCCAGCUCGGCAAGAUGACGAUGUCCUAGACCGGUUCCUGCAGAAAUGGGACAAGCUCACUAUUUCGGAUGAUGCGUCGCAAGAUACCCAAUCCCCAGUGUGA